AUGGUGUUAGUAGUAGAAACAGUGUCCGAGUUAGCAAACUCAGUGUGUGUCCUCAUGGAUGAAGAGGAAGAUAGGCAUAGUGUUAGUGAUGUUUCAGUGGAGGUGGUGGCUGUUUGUCCUACUGAUGUUCCCAGUUUAUAUUGUCAACAGAGAGCCGAGUUGAAUAAAGCAGAACAGCUUUUGCAUGUUGCUUUGAAGACAGCACAAGAAACACAGAAUCACCAGGCAGUAACAUACAUCUAUGACCUCCUAGCAAAUGUUGCAUAUCAAAAAGAAGAGUAUUCUAAAGCUGAAACUCUUUUUAAAGAAGUUUUAAAGCGUGUGCUUGCAGAUGGAAUGGCUGAGGAUGAUAAUGCAGUGGUAGAGAUAAGCCUGAAACUGGCCAGUGUUUAUGCUUCACGUGGGGACUAUGAGAAGGCUGUACAAGGCUUCCAUUUUUGUAUAGGAACUCAAGAAGCAAAAAUUAAGAAAUAUGGUGAAACUAAUGUUGAUGAAGAUACAUCCCUCUUAUGGGCAAUGAGUAUGGAUUGGUAUGCUAGGUUUCUGCUUAAUUUGCAGAAGUAUGAGCUGGCAAAGAAGCAUUUUAUAAAAGCUUAUGAGAUGAGUGAGCGUGUGCAAGGCCUGGCACAUCCUCAAACAGCAGUCUUAUUGAAUGACAUCGGUUCUGUUUGUUCUCUGCAAAAGAACUAUGCUGAAGCCAUUUCUUACUUAGAACGGGCUAUAGAUGCUGCUAAGCAAUCAGAUAGCCCUGAUUUAGGCUCAUUUUAUGUAAAUCUAGGAGCUGUGUACCUUCAGCAGGGAAUGGUUCAAGAGGCAGAGAAAAAUUGUAAAACAGGUUUAUUUUUAGCUAAAAAAAGUAAAAAUGUAGAAGGUUUAGAAGAAGCCACAGCCUGUUUGACGGAAAUCAAUUCAGUAAAAAGUGAGAAUACAAAAAAAUAAAGUUUUGUUAAAAUUGGUAUAGAAUUAGUGGAAAUAAGUAAGUUGUCAAAAACAUGGACCUCCCAUGAAAUUGAAGAAGGAUGAAGAAGAAUUUGUAUGAUAUUGUUAGUUGUAGUAUUCAACUUAGCAAGGGUAUUAAAAAAAGCUGAGAAUGUACAUGAUAUUUACAGUGACUGCAGGCCUUCUGGUGAUGAGGUUCUUUUGCUUAGUAAUUUGUCAACAAUCAUUUGUAUAUACUAUACUGUUCUAAAAUGGAAAACUGCAAUGGUAGUAUCUGCAAAAAUUUUGUUAUUGAGCUAUGCCACCUAUUGGGCUUGUGAAACUAAUACACAAGUUACUGCAGUUUCAAAAUUAUUCUUCUAUGCUUUCCACGAGUAUUUAGGUGGUCCCAUUUGCAGUAUCUGCAAAAUCAGUAGUAAGGCAAGAGAAAACUACAGUAACAUUUUUCUUAGUUUUGUAUUUUGGCAGAUACUGCAGUCUUCCAUUUUAGGGCAGUAUAAAGUUCAUGCUGGAGUAGGCUUUUAAAGAUUUACAUGAUAUCACUAUGGUGGUAGUACAUGCUUUCUAUUUAUCAUGGAUGUACUAUGCAGUGAUGUAUAUAUUGAUAGCAUAUUGCUAUGUUACAUGUUUUCACAUACUGUACAGGUAUUAGAGUAAUUUUUCUUGAAAGUAUAGGCUUUUCAAUUUGGAAUAUAGGUUUCUUUUAAAUUAACAUGACUAAUGUAACAUUUUGAUAUAUUUCUCAAUGUAUUUGUUGUAAUGUGCAAUUUGAGGCUCAGUCAUGAGCUAUUAGAUACUGUAGAAUAUGUAGUAAUUGCAGCUAAUAUUUUAGUUAUCAUUUGCAAUUAAGAUUAAGUAGAUACUUCUGUUGUGAAUGUGUGUAUUUUUAUAUUUGUAAUUUAUUGCUCAAUGUUUUGCAGCUUGUAUUCUGUGAGACAAAGUAAUUAAAUAGAAUUUGAUAUUCCUAAAGUUGUGCCCCUCUAUGUUGUGGAAUUAUAAGUUUUAUUCAUUUUUUAUUUAGAUUCAUAUUUUUUAUUUUGAUGUUUUAUGCCAGAUGUCUAGCCAGAUUAUUUGCCAGUAGUGCCACUGUGAUUACAUUAAAGAGUUCAGUAUA